AUGUUUCACAACAACCGCACCCGCUUGUAUCAGCAGAUCCUGAAAGGAAAAUACAGUUACUCAGGCGAGCCCUGGCCCAGUGUUUCCAACCUGGCCAAGGAUUUCAUCGAUCGUCUACUUGCGGUGGACCCCAGUGACAGGAUGACAGCCCUUCAGGCCCUGAAGCACCCGUGGGUGGUCAGCAUGGCAGCCUCUUCCUCCAUGAAGAACCUACACCGUUCCAUCUCACAGAACCUUCUCAAGAGGGCAUCUUCCCGCUGCCAGAGCACCAAGUCCGCCCAGUCCACCCGCUCCAACCGCUCCACCAAAUCCAACAAAUCACAGUGGGUUCAGGAACGGGAGCUACGCGAGCUCAACCUGCGCUACCAGCAGCAGUACACUGGCUGAGCACUGGGCUGGGACCUGCCAGGCAUCUUCACAAAUGUCUUCUCUGCAGUGUAGGUGUGCAUACAUUCAGUGAGGAACAUCCAGGUUCCUCCCUCCCUCCAGGUGUCCCCCCAUCCAUGAGGAGAUGUCUUCACCAUGAGGAACCUUGUGGUGGCCAUCACACCCUGUGAGCUGUGCCACGGGGGUCUCGUGCCAGAAAUGGGGGAGCCCUUGUGGGCUCAGAG